GCAGAUUUACCUUAAACCUGUUAGGUACUCUCUUCCCUACACCAAAAAGUUGUGGCUUUUAGUCUUAUUCUGUGCCUCGCUCGCUCACAUCUUUCCUCCCCUCCCCCUCCCGCACUCCCGCCACUUUUACCUAUCUUCCCCUCUUACAUCUUUCGACAAACCGACUUGUGCUUUGACUACUCAUUAACAUCCCCCUCUCCUGCGCAAUACAUCUAGUCCAAGAUCAUCGCCGUCGGUCUUACCACCUUGAGGGUUGUCUCUAUUAUCAAAGCUAGCCCUCACAUUUGUGCUCAACUGAGUGAUCCCGACACACACCAUUGUUGAAACCACCAUAGGCAGAUGCGCCAGAGCAUCCCGCCAAAAUGCCUGGAAUACUUCCGAUGAAAGUGAUCAAGGUCGGCAACGGCUCACAAAGUCGUAUCGCUCAGGCCUGUGAUCGAUGCAGAAGCAAGAAGAUCCGCUGUGACGGCGUUCGACCAUGCUGCACUCAAUGUGCCAACGUCGGCUUUGAGUGCAAGACGAGCGACAAAUUGAGUCGUCGCGCUUUCCCUCGCGGUUACACUGAGUCUUUGGAGGAGCGAGUACGCGCGCUGGAGUCGGAAGUGAGGGAUCUUAAGAACCUACUGGAUGAAAAGGAUGAGAAGAUUGAUGUGCUUUCACGGAUUCAUUCUUUCUCGACCUCAACACAUUCAAGAGCCAAUACUGCCACCCGAUCACCACCAGCGCCCGCCAAGGACAUUCAAACCACGAUCAAUGAAGGCGUCAUCCAAGUUCGCCAAGUUCUGCAGUCGCACAGCUCAAAUGACACCCCAAUCUGUGGGGGCAUUUCGAGCACUCGUGGUUAUGUCGAUGCCUUCGUCAACAAACUCUCGGAUCAAAACCAACUACCUCCUAACUUUUCGAUUAGGGCGCUGACUGCGGCUCCUUCCUCCAUAUCCCGUUCACGCAUUGAUCAAACUCUGAAGACGGCGCCUCGGCUCGUGUCAGAUCAACUUAUCAAUAUUUUCUUCCAGGAAUGGGCCCCUUUAUAUCCGGUAGUUCACCGGCCUACCAUCCUCAAGGCUUACGAGCAGUAUUUGCUGGGCACGGAGUCGUUACGCGAUAGCAAACACAACCUCACCCAGUUGAACCUAAUUUUCGGCAUAGCGGCCCUUGCUUCUACAUCGAGGACGAACCAAGACCCCGCAUUCUUUGAAGAUAAUUGGUCACCGAUGCUCGAAUCCCUAUCAAACGACAUUUCCAUCCCUACUCUGCAAUGCUACGUUCUCGCUCAAAUUUACUGCAUGGCCAAGGGCGACUACACGAGUCUCGGAUCAUAUCGAGGACUCGCUGUCACCAUUUGUCAUCAAUUGAGACUUCACCAGAGUCAAAAAAACUUUUCUUCAAACCCUCUCGUAGCGGAAACUCGGAAGAAGGUAUUCUGGUGCCAAUAUGUUCUUGAUCGGUUCACUGCGGCUUUAACAGGUCUGCCUGUCGUCUUGCGUGAGCAGGACAUCAGGAUUGAAUAUCCCGAGGAUAUCGAUGAUGAAAAUGUUACCGAGACAGGAUUCUUGCCCACGCUCCCUGGCGAAACGACUCGCAUCUCCAGCUCGAUUGCAUUUUUCGCGGCUUCCAGAGUCUUGAACAAAGCUCUGGAGGAGAUUUACCCUACCGAUGGCGAUUAUGAUAUCUCUUUGGCCAAGAUGCGCUUGGUUGCAGAUGAGCUUGAUGGGUGGGUAAAGGGUCUGCCCGCCCAUCUUCGUCUCGAAUUCACACAGGAUAAGCCCAGCACAAAUGUCACGAGCAGUCGGUCACCACUUCUGUCGCUUGUUUAUUAUUUUGUCCGCUCUCUAAUUCAUCGACCCGCUGUCUGUUUCGGAGAAGAUUGUGUCCGAUCGCCUUCUAUCCUUGUCAUCUCUGAUUCUGCCAAGCACAUCAUUCAAAUCCUACAACUACUCGAUGAGCGGCGCCUGUGCCUGUCUCUAAGCUUCAAUCGGAAAGAGCUCAUUUUCGCUACUGGCCUCAAUUUCCUGUGGCAAAACCUGAAUUUGAAGCACGAUAGCAAACUGGCGAAGGAGAGCCAGAAGUUAAUCGCCACUGUCAUUGAUCAACUGGAAAUUGAGUCUUCUCCCAUUGCCUCGGAAUUUACUUCACUGGCCAGCAUUUUGGGUUCUGUGGAGAACAAUAAGCACGGGCCUUCGCCUAAACCUGCGGAUAUGUCACCGCCGGCUCAGAAGCCUCUGAAGUCUCCUAAGAAGCAGCUUCAAUCUUGGAAAGCACGCUUGACUGGUCAAUCCAGUCCGUCACAGACAGACAAGCAAGACUCUCCAUCCCGUCGGGCCACAAUUUCUGGUGAGAGUGCUCACCCCAAUGCUCGCCACAUCCGAUCUUCUAGUUGGGCGAGUCUACCGCUGGACAGUCUCCACGCGCCUCAAAUGCUCUCCGAGAAGGCCUAUCUUCGCUCAUCGUCUACGGCUCUCGAUAGCAACCACGUCCUUUCCAGCUCUGCUCCUUCAGAUGCGACGGCUGGGCCUAUUACGGUGUCGGAUUGGGAGUUCGUUCUGAGUGAUAUGGACAGGGGCUAUUCGAAUAUUUUCACCGGGAUAUAUGGUGGGAGAGAGUGUGGUGAGGAUAGCGGCCCUUUCGCUUCUAUCACUGCUGAAUACACUCAGAAGCCAGAAACCAGUACGGCUUCGCGAAACGAACUGCAGGGUCUGUCGCCAGAGGCGUGGUCCGCUAGUAGCAACAGUGACUUACAUCACGGCCAAGAAGUUGCAGCGCAGAGCGUUCUCAGCUACUCUGAUGAGAGCAUGGCAAGCCCUGGUGACGGGAUCCCUUACAAUGAUAUACAUUUGUCACCCGAAGAGCAUGCCAAUAUUCUGGACCCAUUCCACGGUGUUAUUGUUCCAGGUGUGGAGGAUGAUGUCCACGAAUUCGGGCUGAUCAAUGGAUGGGAUCGACGGCUGGCCGUCUGAUAUGCCCUUUGUUGUUGAAUGCUAUUUCUGUUAUGACUUGAACGAAUGGCUUUGGCGUCAGUGAUUACUAUGCUUUUCUUGGUUGCAAGCGGGGGAAGAGUGAAUGGAGAUGCCUGUACAUACUGGUCGGAUUUUCUUUUGUGAUACCUGGGGCGUCUUGUUUUGUUUGGCCUAAGAUAUGAUUGCGCGAAUUUAAGUUCCUUUCUGUACUGUCCC